AUGCAGUUUAGAGCACUUUACAAAAUCUUUGUCGCUUUGCUGUGUCUUGAGUAUUCUCUUGCAAGACCUCAAGUAAGAGACCUCCCAGUAAACAAGGUUGCGCCUGUUCAGCAUCGUCUUGCUUAUGCUGGAGAAACAGGAAUGACAGUUAGUUGGAACACAUACGAGCAACUCGAUGCUCCCUCGGUUCAGUAUGGUCUUUCCCCGGAUUCAUUAGAUCAAAUAGCUGAAAGUCUGGAAUCUGUUACUUAUCCUACUUCUCUUACUUGGAACAAUCAUGUGGUUAUCAAAGAUCUUCAACCUGGUACCACUUAUUACUAUAGGGUUGCAAAUAGUGAGAACGAUUCUGAUAUUUACAAAUUUGUCACAGCUAAAGCACCUGGCUCAACUGGCGAAUUUUCAUUCUCGGUUGUAGUUGACAUGGGAACUAUGGGAGAAUUAGGUUUGAGUGAAGAAGUUGGAAAAGGCGCUGGUGGAGCUCUUAAACCAGGUGAGCAAAACACUAUGCAAUCGUUGCGUGCUAGCAUUGACGAAUUCGAAUUUUUAUGGCAUCCUGGUGAUAUUGCUUACGCCGAUUAUUGGCUUAAAGAAGAAAUUCAACAUUAUUUACCAAAUACAACCAUCGCUGAUGGCUAUAAGGUAUAUGAGCAAAUUCUUAAUGCGUUUUACGAUGAACUUCAACCUGUUUCAGCCAAUAAACCCUAUAUGGUAGGUCCAGGAAACCACGAAGCUGAUUGUGAUAAUGGUGGUACUUCAGACAAAGAACACGAUAUUAAAUACACAAAUUCUAUCUGCGUUCCUGGUCAAACCAAUUUCACUGGUUAUAGGAAUCACUUCCGUAUGCCGGGAGAUGAGUCUGGUGGUACUGGUAAUUUUUGGUAUUCUUUCAAUUACGGUCAAGUUCAUUUCGUUCAAUUCAAUACUGAAACCGAUUUUGGUAAUGGGCUCAAGGGUCCUGAAGAUGCUGCACCCAAUGGCCCACAAGGAUCAUACUCUAAUGCACAAAUUGAUUGGUUAGAAAAGGAUCUUGCAUCAGUCAAUAGAACUGAGACUCCUUGGGUUAUUGCUGCUGGACAUCGUCCAUGGUAUGUUGCUGGAGACGGGUGUACCGAUUGCCAAACUGCCUUUGAAUCUAUACUUAAUAAGCACAAUGUAGAUCUUGUUGUUAGCGGUCAUGUACACAACUAUGAAAGGCAAAACCCUAUUUCAAACGGUGUCGUAGAUCCAAAGGGUCUUAACAACCCGUCUGCUCCUUGGUAUAUUCUUAACGGUUUAGGAGGUCAUUAUGAUGGUCUUGACCCUCUUGUUUACCCUCUUCCGAACUACACUGAAUUUGCUCAGGAUUCCGCCUAUGGAUGGUCAAAAUUCACAGUUCAUAACUGUACUCACUUGACUCAUGAGUUUGUCGCUUCUUCCAACAAUUCUGUUUUGGACAGAGCUACCCUUUUCAAGAACCGUACUUGUAUUGAAUCAGCUGUGAACGCUACACGUCCAGUUGAUUCUAACCAGUCUAGUUUAGCUAACUCCACUCAACAUUCCACCCAUCCGUACACUAACGUUUCUACUGCUAUUGAUUCCACGGGAGCAACCACCAAGGUUAUAACCGUUACGUCUUGCUCUAGUAAUAUAUGCAGUGAAGUACCAGUUGCAGCUACGCCCGUUUUAACUGCAACUACUAUACAAGGAAUCGAAACGUUUGUGACAACAUAUUGUCCUAUAUCAGAUACAAAUGAAAAUAGCGUAGCUGCCACAGUUAAUCCCAUUUCAGGUUUGAAUCUGUCGUCCUAUAAUGCUUCUACCAUUUCCCCUCUCAUGAUUUCGUCAGUAGGAGAGAAUUCUGCUGCUAGAAUUGCAGCAGGCAGUGUUAUUGGAUUUAUUAUUCUUGCUUUAGCCAUAUAA